AUGGGAGGAGGUAAUCUACAGAAAGCUAUAGAGCUUGCCACCAAAGCAUCUGAAGAGGACAAGGCCAAGAACUAUGAACAGGCCCUACGAGACUAUCAGCAUUGUAUUGAAUAUUUCCUUCAUGCUAUAAAAUAUGAGGUGCAGGGGGAACGUUCCAAAGAGAGUAUCCGGGGUAAAUGUCAUGAUUACCUGAAGAGAGCAGAGCAGCUGAAAGAGUAUAUAAAGAAGAAGGAGUCCCAGCCUCCUGCCAAACCCGUCAAAGAGUCAGACAACAAGGGAAGUGAUAGCGAAGAAGAAGACUCUGAGAAAAAAAAGUUUAAAAACCAACUCUCAGGUGCCAUUGUCAUGGAAAAGCCCAACAUUAAAUGGAAUGAUGUGGCGGGACUAGAGGGAGCCAAAGAAGCAUUAAAGGAGGCUGUCAUUUUGCCAAUCAAAUUCCCACAUUUGUUCACAGGAAAGCGUACUCCCUGGAGGGGCAUCCUUCUGUUUGGACCGCCAGGGACAGGAAAGUCAUAUCUGGCCAAAGCAGUGGCUACAGAAGCCAACAACUCCACCUUCUUUUCCAUCUCCUCCUCUGAUCUGGUCUCCAAGUGGCUGGGAGAGAGUGAGAAGUUGGUAAAGAACCUGUUCUCUUUGGCCCGAGAACACAGGCCGUCUAUAAUCUUCAUUGAUGAGAUUGACUCUCUGUGUGGCUCCAGGAGUGAGAACGAGAGUGAAGCUGCUCGAAGAAUUAAGACUGAGUUUCUGGUCCAGAUGCAGGGUGUUGGAAACAAUAAUGAAGGAGUUUUGGUUCUGGGAGCUACAAAUAUUCCCUGGACACUGGAUUCUGCCAUCAGAAGGAGGUUUGAAAAGCGUAUCUACAUCCCUCUGCCUGAGGCACCCGCACGCUCUACAAUGUUCAAGCUGCACUUAGGCUCCACCCCCAACAGUUUGACCGAAGAUGACUUUUUUACUCUGGGCAAAAAGACAGAGGGAUUUUCAGGCGCCGACAUCAGCAUCAUUGUGAGAGACGCCCUCAUGCAGCCCGUCAGGAGGGUCCAGACCGCUACGCACUUCAAAAAGGUGCGGGGCUCGACCUGGACAAACCCUGAUGUUAUUGUGGAAGACCUUCUGACGCCGUGUUCUCCUGGGGACCCCAACGCCAUUGCCCUGACAUGGAUGGACGUGCCCGGAGACAGACUUCUGGAGCCUGUGGUCUCUAUGUCUGACAUGCUGAGGUCUUUGUCCAGCACAAAGCCGACCGUGAAUGAACAGGAUUUGGAGAAACUUACGAAGUUCACUGAAGACUUUGGUCAAGAAGGAUAA